AUGGAUUUGUUAUUUCAAUUUAAUUUUCAUAAAGAGAUCUCAUAAUUUCUAGAACUAUUCUGUAAUUUUAUUGAUAUUGUCUCAUUAACAUCUCCAAAGAUGAUUUUAUUGGAAAUGCUUUUGGAAUCUUUUUUUGUUAAUUUAGCAAUGCACUCAAUAAAGUCACAUUUAAUAAUGUUGUUUGUUUAACAGAGUUAUUUGAAUAUCAUUUCAGAAAUUGGCUUUAUUUAAAUGUUACCUUAAGUACUCUUUAAAGAAAUGUAAAAGAUCUUUUUAAUUAAUGAAGAGAAGAAUUUAGAUCAAAAUAAUUGUGUUUGUGAAUAGUGCAAUUUUAGUUUUGAUGAUUUUGCUUUCUUUACUAUCUAAACCUAUCCAUUUGUUUUGGAAACUUUAAUUUCGUUCAUAUUAAAAGUAUUUUAUAUAAUAUAUAUGGGAUAAUGUCUCAAUUGUUUUAAAAAAAAUGAGGAAACUUAAUAAGAUGUUGUAUCUUAAUAGGCGAACACCAAUUCUAAACCACUUAAUGAGUAUUAAACAGAAACUAUUACUUUUAAUAAGCAAAGUAUAGUUUUAACCAAUGAUUCUCAAAAACUCAACGUGACAGACUUUAAAUUGUUAAAGACAUUAGGUAGGGGAAAUUUUGGAAAAGUAUUGUUGGUUCGCAAGCGUUCAUCUGGAAAGAUGUAUGCUAUGAAAAUUGUUAACAAAUAUGAUUUAUAAGUUAAAAAGUAAGUGGAAUAUGCUAAAACAGAAAGAAUAAUUUUAGAAAAGAUCAGUCAUCCAUUUAUAAGUAAACUCCAUUAUGCAUUUUAAACUCAAUAAAAGCUUUAUUAUGUUAUUGAUUAUUGUGCAGGUGGAGAAUUGUUUUUCCACUUAAGAAGAGCAUAUAAAUUUAAAGAGAAUUAAGUUUAAUUUUAUGCUGUUGAAAUUAUAAUAGCCUUAGAAUAUUUGCAUGAUUCUAAGAUUUUAUAUAGAGAUCUAAAACCAGAAAAUAUCUUAUUAUGUUCUGAUGGUCAUAUCAAAUUAAUUGAUUUUGGAUUAUCUAAAAUUAUAAGCAAUCGAGAUAAGCCAUCUUAUUCGAUUGUUGGAACUCCAGAAUAUCUUGCUCCUGAAAUAUACUCUGAUGAUAAAUUAGGUCAUGACGAAUCCUGUGAUUGGUGGAGUUUGGGAGCCUUGAUGUAUGAAAUGUUAACAGGAGCAGCACCAUGGUAUAGUUAGGAUCGUACACUCAUGUUCAGAAAUAGAAGUGAAAAACCAAUAGAAAUGAAACCAUGGUUUUCUGAAAGUUGUUCAAGUCUACUCACAGGAUUAUUAAAUAAUAAUGUAAAAUAUAUUCCAUAUUAUUAGCCUAAAUAAAGAAUUAAUAUAUAAUAAAUAAAAAAACAUCCAUUUUUUUAAGAUAUUGAUUGGAAUUAAGCCUAAAAUCGUUAAUUAAUACCUCCAAUAAUUCCAGAAUUAAAUGAUGAAUUAGAUUUAAGAUAUUUUAAUAAAGUAAUCAAAUUUUAAUUGUAAGAUGUUUUUGGAUGAACCUGCAAUUGAUAGUCCAGUAAAUAAAAAAGAAUUAUAUGACAAUUAUGAUUAUUUUACUUACAAUUCAGAAGUAAUAACAGAAUCUUGA